CCGACCGCAAUCAUGGCUACCGAGCUCACAGUCCAGUCGGAGCGUGCUUUCCAGAAGCAGCCCCAUAUCUUCCUGAACCACAAGGCCACCGGACCGCGCAAGAACACGCGAAACAGGCGAUGGUACAAGGAGGUCGGUCUGGGCUUCCGCACGCCCAAGACGGCCAUCGAGGGCUCGUACAUUGACAAGAAGUGCCCCUUCACGGGAAUGGUGUCGAUUCGCGGCCGUAUUCUCACCGGAACUGUCGUCUCCACUAAGAUGCACCGAACCCUCAUUAUCCGCCGCGAGUACCUCCACUUCAUCCCCAAGUAUGCGCGUUACGAGAAGCGCCACAAGAACCUCGCUGCUCACGUCUCCCCCGCCUUCCGUGUCGAGCCCGGUGACACGGUCGUUGUUGGCCAGUGCCGACCGCUCUCCAAGACCGUUCGAUUCAACGUCCUCCGCGUGCUUCCCCGAACCGGCAAGGCUGUCAAGCAGUUCUCUAAGUUCUAAGCGGGUGAUUUGGAAAUGAGAGGCUAUGGAGGCCAGGAGGAAUGGUGGUUGGGGAUGAGGUUUCGACAGGUCACACUCUGCAUUUGGGACUAGGAUUCGGAGUCCUACGGGCUGUGUAUGUUUCUUCAGUCUAUGAGCAAUGAAAGCCCUCGGCUGGCAAAAAGCACUGCUGAGGCGGUCAAAAAGUAAUGGGCUCUGUCGAGUGUGGUGCAUGGUGUCGCGCUUAUACAUGACGCUGGACCUUUAAAUUUAGGGUCAAACUGGGCGGGAAGUCUUCGAUCAGGUCCUUGAACCCAACCUGCCGUCACCCAUAGCCAAAUGUACCUCAUGCAGCAUCGCCGGGUCAUCCCUGACAUGACUUUAACUUCGUCUUUCAACAGUAG